AUGACAAUAAGUACAGGGACCACUGCAAUGGGAUUUUGCAGUGGAGGAGAAAGAUUGGGUUCAUCUCCAAUACAGCACAGGAUGAAUCUUCAAGAAGAAUUGGACAAGCUUAAAGUACAUUUAUCUAUUGAUAAGGCAACAAUACAAGAAUUGAAUAGAUGUAUGGCAGAGAAAAGAGAAGAGCAACUCUUUAGAUAUGGUGAAGAUGAUGGGGUCAAGAAGAGUACUCCAGAGAAGAAUGGGAAAGAAAUGUCGGAGCAGACGUUACAGAAGAUCAUUGAAUUGGAAAAUCGGCUAAAAUCUUUUGAGAAAAGGUCAAGAAAAUUAAAAGAAGAGAAUAAAAAAUUAAUGAGAGAAAAUGAUUUCCUGAAAUCCCUCUUAAAACAGCAGCAAGAAGAUGCAGAGAUCAGAGGAAAAGAGCUCGAAGAGCUAGUAAAGGGGAGUAAAGAUGUAGAAAAAGACAAAACUGAACUUCAAGUAAAAAUCAGUGAGCUGGAGAGGGAAGUCACUUCCCUGAGACAAGUGGCGGAAGCUAAGGCAUCAAAAACUGAAAGUGAAGAGCUGAUGAAACCAGUGGAGAAAUCUCACCAUUCAGCAGACAGUGCUGAGAUGGCCACCACGGAAGUGAGAUCUGGGCAAUGUGAUUGUAAGACAACCACCACCAAGGUUAAAUUUAAAGCUGCCAAGAAAAAGUGUUCUGUGGGUCGUCACCACACUGUUCUCAAUCACUCCGUCAAGGUUAUGAGCAGUGUGUUUGAGAACCUCAGCAAGGACGGCUGGGAGGAUGUGAGUGAAAGCAGCAGUGAUUCUGAAACACAGACCUCUCAAAAUUUGGGAACAGUUAUUGUAGAAACAUCUGAGAAAAUAAGUCCUACAGAAGACAGAAGAGACCAGAAAGAAAGUGAUCAAACAGAAGACAGCCAAGCACAAGGAAAAGAAAUAGUCCAAAUAUAUUCAGAUACAGAUGGCAAAACCCCAAAGAAUACCAAAAAAACAACUUUUCAGAAGAGUGGUAAUACGCAAAAGAGUUCGCAUACAGCAGUUUCUACCAAAGUCAACAGAGAAAAGUGCAAAAAUAUAACUGCCCAGAAAUCAAGUAGCAAUAUCGUUUUAUUACGAGAACGGAUUAUUUCCUUGCAACAACAAAACAGUAUACUUCAGAAUGCCAAAAAAGCAGCAGAAUUGGCUGUUAAAGAAUAUAAAGAAGUCAAUGAAAAGCUUCUCCAUCAACAGCAAGUAUCUGAUCAACGAUUUCAGACAAGCAGACAGACGAUAAAGAAGCUAAAUUUGGAUUUGGCUGGUCUUCGGAAAGAAAAAGAAGAUUUACUAAAGAAAUUGGAGUCCUCAUCUGAAAUCACAAGUUUGGCAGAAGAAGUUUCCCGGGUAACAGUUCCACAGAUACAAGUUACGUCAAUUGGUCCUUCAAGGAGCAUGGAUUUGGAAAUGAAGCAAUUGCAGUGUAAACUAAAGAAUGCAACUAAUGAACUCACUAAACAGUCAUCAAAUGUGAAGUCUCUGAAAUUUGAACUCCUAGCGAAAGAAGAACACAUAAAGGAGAUGCAUGAAAAGAUGUCUCGAAUGGAGAGGGAUAUAACUAUGAAAAGACAUUUGAUAGAGGACUUGAAAUUUCGACAGAAAGUAAAUUCAGAAAGUAGUGAGAGUUUUAAUGAAAUGUUAGAAAAUCUCGAAAAAAAGGUAAAGACGUUAACUGAAGAAUGUUCCAACAAGAAGGUAUCCAUUGAUUCACUAAAGCAAAGACUUAAUGUCGCUGGAAAAGAGAAGUCACAAUAUGAACAGAUGUAUCAGAAAACUAAAGAAGAGUUAGAAAAAAAAGAUCUCAAGCUUACUUUCCUAGUAUCGAAAAUAAAUGAGACUGAGUCUGCAAUGGCAGAAAUUGAAACAACAGCAUCUAAGCAGCUUCAAGGAUUAGCAUUGCAAAGUGAGCAUGUCCUAGAAGGUGCACAGAAGAAAUUGCUGUUAGCCAAUGAGAAAGUGGAAGAGUUCACCAUAUUUGUGAAGGUUCGAAUUAUUUGUGUUUUACUAACUUGUACUUUACUUCAAGCAGAGUAG